AGACGGGACGCGCGUUCAAACGGCGCCCGGCGGGGAGCGGCCCGGGGCCAUGGAGCCGGCCGAGGGCGCUGCGCGGACACUGCCUAGCACCGGGCGGGUCUCCGUGGCCGGGAGGAUCUCUGGAGCCGGGCGGCUGUCGCGGGGGCCGCACCUCAGGAAGCUCAGCGGGCAGCUCGGGGUCAGCCCCAGCGGCCGGGCGCUGCCGCCGGGCUCGCAGGAGAACGCGGAUCCGCAGAAAAUAGCGUUUCUUCUGCGCAAGCAGUGGACCCUGUACAGCGUGACCCCUCUGUACAAGUUCUCCAGCGCUCACCUGAAGGACUACGGCCGGCAGCUCGGCGCUUUCAUCGCCGCCGAGAAGCAGAAAGGGCUGGCGGUGGAGGUCGGGGUCGAGCUGGGCAUCAAAGUGGCUGUCUCCAGCCUGCCGGACCUGAAGGGCAACGACCAGGACCAUGCCGCAGUUCUCGUGCAGCUUUCCUUGAAAUCAUCUGCUUCUCAGAAAAAAACAGAAGAGAAACUGAUAUGGUCAGGAUGGUUCUGCUGUGUGGCUGGAGAUGAUCUUUCAUUGAGUGUGCUGGAGGACUUCACGUGUUUACCUUUGUUUCUUGCUAAUGGGGCAGAGAGUUACACAUCCCUUGUUGGAAGCUGGUUUCAGAAGACUUUUGACUGCUGCUUCCGUCGCUUAGUCAUCAGCCCUCUCAUUCUCACUUGGAUGGCAGCAUUGUGGACUGGAUACAAAGUGGACAAAACUUCAUCUGCCAUGGAACUCGUUUUCUCUGUCCCCUGUCUGCCCCAGCCUCUGGAUAUUUCAUAUGCCAUUCACACAGAGGAUGCAAAAGCUCUGUGGGACACUGUCCAAAAAACUCCAGGAGAGAUCACUCAAGAAGAGGUGGAUGUCUUUAUGGACUGCCUUUACUCUCACUUCCACAGACACUUUAAGAUUCACUUGUCAGCUACAAAACUGGUCAAAGUUUCUACAGGAAUUGCCUCGGCACACUGUGAUGGGAUUAUAAAGUUUCUACAAAGCCAGUACAUUAUUAGAGUGCUGAUGCUACUGACAGAACUGGCAAUCGCUCAGAUACAGUGAGACUCAAUUCAGCAAAUCUUCACGCUAUGAAGGCUUACAGUUGGAAGACGGAAGCUGAGGAACCUAUUGGAAACU